AUGUCAUAUGACCAAGAAGCUGCCGAUGCAUUACCGUCAAGCUUUGAUAUUGGUGGUUUAUCAAAUGCACUUAUGAAUCCUGCCCAAGCUUUUAAUAUGUUAGAUCAGAAUGGUGAUGGACGUGUAACAGAAGUAGAUUUAAAAUUAUUAUUAGAACAAUUUGGUAUUAAAGGCAUGAGUGCUAAAGUAUUGGCAAAAUUUAUUUUUAAAAAAUUGGAUGCUGAUCAUAGUGGAUCAAUAGAACCCAGCGAUCUUACACAUGCUAAUGGCAUUCUCUCAGCCUUAUUGAAAAUGAAACAAAACAAAUGA